AUGGCUGGUUCAUGUCGCUCCAUCACCGAGUUUGAGAAGCUCAAUAUCCUGGGCGAGGGCACCUAUGGUGUUGUUUAUCGCGCCCGCGACUCCCGCACGGGGCACCAGGUUGCAGUCAAACAAGUCAAGAUGAAUCAAGAACGAGGAGGAUUGCCGUUGAGUAGCUUGCGAGAGAUUACGGCCCUUCAGCAGCUGCGCCACACCAACGUUCUCCAGCUGCUGCACGUGGCUGCCGGUCGGCGACUUACCUCCAUCUUUUUGAUUAUGGAGUAUUGUGAGCAUGACCUAGCGGCGCUGGUGGACAACAUGCCUGCACCCUUUCCCGAGCCUGCCGUGAAAUGUUUGAUGCAGCAGCUCUUUGCGGGCCUGGAUGCCAUGCAUCGCGAGUGUCUCAUUCAUCGUGACCUCAAGCUCAGCAACUUGCUACUGACCGACCACGGCAUUCUCAAGGUUGCUGAUUUUGGCCUUACACGGGUGAUUGAGGACCCAGCACACCACAUGAGCCCCACCGUGGUGACCUUGUGGUACCGCCCACCUGAACUUGUUUUUGGCAUGAAGAACUACACGCGUGCCGUUGAUAUUUGGUCCUGUGGCUGCAUCUUCGCCGAAUUACUUGCUCACGAGCCCCUCUUCCCGGCCAAAACCGAGGUGGCCCUCUUGGAAAUGGUCAUUGGCUUGCUUGGAGCGCCACACGAGUCUAUUUGGCCCGCUUUUCGGGAUUUACCCCUGGCCCAUCGCUUUCACAUGCCUCAUCAGCCGUACAGCAACCUAAAGCAGCGCUUUGGGUUCCUUUCGAGCACAGGCUUGGACCUCAUGCAGGACCUGCUCAUGUACGACCCGGAGAAACGGCUUUCAGCCAUUGCUGCUUCGGUUCAUCCUUACUUUCGGACAGCUCCGUUGCCCCUGGACCCCGAAUUCAUGCCUACGUUCCCACGACAUCGAAAUUACAAUCACUGA